GUUUUCCAAACAACUUUAAUUUAUUAAUUUGCCCAGAAUGAGAUAAUUAAUUGGUAAGGUACGAUCACUCAUUGAAAUACCUGUCUGUUCACUUGAUUCUGGCCAACAACGUAAACAUCAAAGAGGCUGGAGCUUUGCGACUGCUUAAAGGACUGCUAUGCAGAAUCUGGUGGUGCAGGCCCUGACCAUGAGGCAGCUCGGGAGGCUGCACCACAGACAGCUGCUGGCUGCUGGAUACGGACUAAGGGAGACCACAUGGUGUCCCAGGACCAUCCACACCCGACAGCUGUCCGGCUGUUUGGCAUUUCCAGCAAUAGGCUGCCACAGGUUGACUUUACACAACAGAGACCCCGUCAGAAGUUGGUCAGUUCAUCAUCUGAGGUUCAAGAGCAGCAAGAAGAAAGGUGCACGUAGGGCGUUACAGGAGGAGGAAGAGGAGGAGGAAGAUGAAAGGGCGUUACAGGAGGAAGAGGAGGAGGAAGAUGAAGACAAGGAAAAGGAUCCAGAGGACAGUGAUUAUGAAGAUGAGUUGCAAGAGGACCCAAAUCUACCAAAGGAUUAUAAAGACUUGGAAAAAUAUGUGCAGUCUUUCCGCUACGAUGUGAUUUUUCGUGCUGGCCUGGACCUGUCACACAAAAAAAUUGAAGACGCCUUUUAUGGCAACAAACUCAGACUGAAUGGACUGAGACUUAUCAAGAAAAGUAAAACAGUGAAAAUCGGGGACAAACUGGAUAUGGUGCUUUCAGAGAACCAAUCAGACCACAAAGUUACUCUGAUGAGAGUUGUCAUCAGAAAAGUCUUUGAAGAGAAAAGUAACACAGAAAAGUACAAAGUUGCUCUAAGGCGCUGGAAAUUCAUAGAACUCUCUCAGGAAGAAGCCCUUAAACCCUGAACUUAAACAAGACAGACCGUGUUUCAGCGGCUCAGUUAAGUCACCUGUACAGAGAUGUUAUGCCUGUUAACAUGACUGGCCUCACACCACCGUCAUGCUGAAUGGAUUAGAUCCAGUGGUUUCAUGCAAAUCAGACAAUUGUCCGAUGUUUUAACAAACAUUUGUUGAUCUGAUCAAUUAAUGUUAGCUGUGGAAAGUCUAAAUAAAAGUUGUUUUUUAUAUCAGUGGGUCUAAAAAA